CUCAGGUGCAGAACACGUGGGGGUCACGAGAUAACUUUGACAGAUAUAAAUACUGGUGUUACUUGAGCAGUCGCCACUGUUUGUUCACAGGAAACAAGCUCAUUUAACCAAGAUGUUCCGCCUGGCGUUAGCCGUAGUGUUGUUGGGGAUGGCCCUGAGUUUCCGGGCUGAACUGGACACGGAAUGGAAGCUGUUCAAAGAGACACACAAUAAGCAGUACACCGAGAAGGAGGAGAUCCACAGACGGAUCAUAUUCGAGAAGAAUGUCAACUACAUCCAAAAACACAAUCUGGAGGCCGACAGGGGAGAGCACUCUUACAGACUUGGCGUCAAUGAAUACAGUGACAUGUCACACAAAGAGUUUAUUACCAUGAUGAACGGCUACCGCAUGGAACUGAAGACACCAAACUCCAGAGUCUACAGUAACGACUCUGUCAGCGAACUCCCCACCCACGUCGACUGGAGAACCAAGGGCUACGUCACACCCGUGAAAAACCAGAAAGCAUGUGGUUCCUGCUGGGCCUUCUCCGCAACUGGAUCCCUGGAAGGACAACACUUCAAGAAGGCAGGCAAACUGGUGUCUCUGUCAGAACAGAAUCUGGUUGACUGUUCCAGGAAAGAAGGCAACAUGGGAUGUGGAGGUGGUUUGAUGGACCAGGCCUUCAAGUACAUCAAGGUUAACAAGGGUAUUGACACUGAGGUCAGCUAUCCAUACCUUGCAAAGGAUGGGAAGUGCAUCUUCAAGCGUGCUGAUGUUGGUGCCACGGAUACUGGUGCUGUCGACACUAAGAAAGACUCAGAGGAAUCCCUUCAGCACGCCGUGGCUCAAGUGGGCCCCAUUUCUGUGGCCAUCGACGCGUCUCAUCCAUCGUUCCAGAGUUACAAGAGCGGAGUUUAUGACGAGAGGAAAUGCAGCUCGAAGAUGCUUGACCACGGUGUUCUUGCAGUAGGAUACGGUUCUCAGGAUAGCAAGGACUACUGGCUGGUGAAGAACAGCUGGGGCGAGACCUGGGGAAUGGAGGGAUACAUCAUGAUGUCCAGGAACAAGAAAAACCAGUGCGGUAUCGCCACCCAGGCCAGCUACCCAACAGUCUAAGCAUGGCUGUCAUACCGGUCUCGGAUCUCAUCUCAGGACACUCCGUGAUCUUGUAGAUUCGCGUGUUCUUGAGUCUGUUUUUAGUCUGUAAUAUGUUGUAAUGUUUGUAUGUAAAUAAAAUAUAUUUCGUAAUAA